UGCAGCUAGUUUUGUAUUAUUUUUUACAUACGCUUCCUAUCAAAAUGAACCGAAUCUUGGCAUUAUCACCGUUCAAAAACGCUUUACAACAUGAAGCAAAGACAGUUUUAUCGUAUGCAAGUCGAAAUAUGUCGGCUUCAGCAGACGAAGAUGACGACCCAAACUUUUAUCAUAUGGUCGGAAACUUCUUUGAGAAAGGUGCUCGCUUGGUGGAAGAUAAAUUGGUUGAACAACUCAAUGAGCCUAUUGAUAUGAAAGCACGACCUAAUGUGAGAUCUGUAAGUGCUGAUGACCAAAGAAAGCGUGUGCAAGGUAUAUUCAAGAUAAUGAGGCCUUGCAACCAUGUUUUACAAGUCACUUUCCCAUUGAAACGUGAUAACGGGGAACACGAGAUUAUAACCGGGUACCGAGCUCAGCACAGUCAGCAUAGGAUGCCGACUAAAGGAGGUAUGAGGUACGCACCUGAUGUCAACAUUGAUGAAGUGAAAGCAUUGGCUUCAUUAAUGACUUGGAAAUGUGCAGUAGUUGAUGUUCCAUUUGGCGGGGCAAAAGCUGGCGUCAAAAUCGACCCAAAACUUUACUCUGAACGUGAAUUAGAGAAGAUUACCAGAAGAUUUGCGAUGGAGCUUGCUAAAAAGGGAUUCCUUGGUCCUGGAACGGAUGUCCCUGCACCAGAUGUAAACACAGGUGCACGAGAAAUGUCCUGGAUGGCAGAUACAUACGCUAUGACGUAUGGACACGGUGAUAUUAAUGCUCACGCCUGUGUAACUGGGAAACCUAUCACGCAAGGUGGAAUACAUGGCAGGGUAUCAGCCACUGGCAGGGGUGUAUUUCAUGGGAUUGAAAACUUCAUUAAUGAAGCCACCUUUAUGAGUGCUGUAGGCAUGACUCCUGGGUUUCAGGACAAGACAUUUAUUAUACAAGGAUUUGGCAACGUGGGUCUUCACUCAAUGCGUUAUUUGCACAGGUAUGGUGUGCGCUGUUGUAUUGGAGUAAUUGAAUGGGAUGGUUGUAUUUAUAACCAAGAAGGAAUUGAUCCAAUAGAACUUGAAGAUUACAAAGUUGCAAACGGAACCAUAGUUGGCUUUCCUGGUGCCCAACCAUAUGAAGAUGAAACUCCCAUGUUAGAAGUAGAUUGCGACAUACUUCUGCCUUGUGCGAGGGAGAAAGUUAUAACUGCUGAGAAUGCACCAAGGAUAAAAGCUAGGAUCAUUGCUGAAGGAGCUAAUGGACCAACUACACCAGCAGCUGACAGAAUCUUACAAGCAAAUGAUAAACUUGUUAUUCCGGAUUUGUACUUAAACGCUGGUGGUGUAACUGUGUCUUAUUUUGAAUGGCUCAAAAACCUCAACCACGUCAGUUAUGGUCGUCUAACAUUCAAAUACGAACGAGAGGCAAACUACGACUUGCUAGACAGUGUACAGUCAAGUUUAGAGAGGAAAUUCGGAAAAUAUGGCGGACAGAUUCCUGUUACUCCUACUGAAGAAUUUUCAAAGAAAAUCCAUGGUGCUUCAGAAAAAGAUAUUGUUCACUCUGGCUUGUCAUACACCAUGGAAAGAUCAGCGAGGCAAAUAAUCCAUACUGCAAGAAGUUACGAGCUCGGGCUUGAUCUUCGAACAGCAGCAUAUGUGAAUGCAAUUGACAAGGUGUUCAAGGUUUACAAUGAAGCUGGUUUUACGUUCACAUAAAUGACUUGUUGGGUAGGUAAUGCCACCUUUCUCACAAUGGCAACUUCCUAUUUAUUUACGCACAUUUCUUUCUAAAAAACUUUAAUUUCAAAUCAAAAAUUAAAUUGCAAACCUAUUAAUAAAGUCUUGCACUCUCACUUUUUGUUGUUUUUCACUUUUUCUUUUAUAGAUUCCAAAAUUUUCAUUUAAAAUCUUUGCCACUGUGUCUUAAGUAAAAAAUUUGGCAAAAAAAUUGUUACAAUUAAAAAGAUAAAACACCUUUGUUCUAUUCUGGCAAAUACACAACUAGAUAAUGAAACGGUUUUCUAUUUUUUCUGUUUUUUUGAGAAUUUCACCCACCAUAUUAUCACCUAUCGCCUGAAGCUGUACCCAGGAAAAUACAGUGUACAUAUAUUUCCAUUAAAAAUUUAUAUCAUUUUCGGGUGCAAGAGCUGCUUUAUACUUACUAAAAAACAAGAGAUACUGUAUAGAAUGAACGGAAACUUUAAGAAUUCAAAAUAAAAUUGAAAAAAUCAA